UUCGGCAGCGAAAAUUCCCCCAGCGCUGGCGUUAACUACGAGACUAUGAGUGCAGCACUACACUCGAUGCGGUCCGAACGUCUUGACGAACUGAUUCUCAGUGCCCAUUAGAGACGACAUCAGUGCGAGGUCUGACCUGGGGGAGACAUGACCUGCCGCAGUUAGAUUCGGAUCUCGUCUCUGACAGGAGCCGUCUUCAUCUUCUAAGAGCAUACACGAUGGCGAGCAAAGGGAAUCGUUUCCCUCUGAAGAAAAAAUUCGUGCAGAUAUACGAAGGACUCCUGGACGGCGAAGAGCCGUGGAGCAGCAACGAUCAUUUCUGGGACGAGCUGUUCCUCUUGAAGGUAAACAGCGGCUUCUUGACGAAAGAAUUCGAGCUCAUGAAACCGGAGAAACUUCUGCAAUUAAAACCGGUCAUAAAUCGAAUUUCCGCGGAAAGUAUUCGAGCGGUGAAGUCCGACAACCGUAUCAGAAUUGUCAACGCAUAUGAAACUUUCGCGACUUUGGUACGAGCCCUCUUCAGCAAGAACAGGGAGCUUGAUCUAGGCAUCGAUGUGAUAGAUCUGCUACUUGGGACGGAUGUGGCAGAGGCCUCCAUGGAAGAUUUACUAGGAGUUUCCUGUACUUUUCUCGAAAUACCUUUCCCGCAUGGUUUCCAUCAAACGGUCCUCGACACGCUAUUGGUAUUAGUAACGGCUGCGGAGACGGUAUCCAAUAAUGUGCUGGUGGAGUUUCUCAUGACCACCUCGGUCUUCGAAGCUCUGAUUGGUCUCCUAUCGGACGGAAUUUCACGGCAGAAGUGCGGCUAUCACGCUGUGCUCCUGCUGACGUUGAUCGUUAACUACAGGAAAUAUGAGAGCACCAACCCUUACAUUAUGAAACUCUCAAUUGCUGACAACGAGCUUGCUCUGAACGGCUUCGGUCAGGUAAUCGCUUGUACCCUGUACGAUUACAACCGGCGUUUCGCUGCUCCUGGAGCUCGGGAGACCGUGACUCGAAACAGCGUACCUGGUGGUAUGUUUUCGGGUCUCACAUCGUGGAUGGGCAUAUUCACACCACUGUCCAGUCCCGAGGAAUCGAGCCCAAUCGAGGGGGAGAACAAACGUUGCGAUGCCGCUUUGCUCGCUAUGUACGAGGCUGUGCACCUGAACAGAAAUUUUUUCGCGGUGCUGACGAAUACUCAGCCCGGGAGCAUCGAGCUCAGACCGGCCUCCCCGCCGCUGACCCCGUCGACUCCAGAUGCACCGAGUAGCGGAUCGCAUGUCCGGAGCGACAACCAGAGUUUCGAAAGUCACAAUGCUGAUCUUCACGAGGCGCCGACGAAUCUUUUUGUCACAUUCAUCGAGUUUGUCUCGAUCGUCAUGCAGAAUACCAAAGAAGAGUCCUCGUUCCACACCACGAAGCUUUGUUUCAUAAACUUGACGUGCAUAGCUGAAGAUCAGUACGCCAAUUCCAUCAUGCACGAUAUAAAUAUGCAAUACAAAGUCGUGAUCCACCACGCGCCGAUGAGGCACCGGAAGCUACCAUCAACUCGCGAUUGCCCGUCCCGACCGCUCGCUGCGGCAGUACUAGACCUCAUGGUUGAGUUCAUGCUCUGCAACAUGAGGAAAAACUUCUCCCUCGACCUUUACGUACGAUGUCUCGGAAUCGUUCACCGACUCCUCUGCUAUCAGAAACGGUAUCGUGUGCGUCUCUUAUAUCCAUGGAAGGAACUGUGGAGUGCCCUGAUCAGCGUCUUAAAAUUCAUCCUUGCAAACGAGGUUACCUUGGCGAAACGUUACAACGUCUUCAUCGUUUGUUCGCAAAUCGUGAACAUAAUAAACCUCUUCAUUACGUACGGGGACACUUUUCUCGCCUCGCCGCCAAGUUACGACGAGUUGUACUAUGAGAUCAUCCGCUGUAAUCAGGUUUUCGACAAUCUUUAUUCGACAGCGCUGCGAUACGCUUCGGGCGACUCGGAGAAAACCACUCAGUGGCGAGAAUCAGCCGCAAGACUUGCGAGUCAUCUGGUGAAUAUUCGAGCGAUUGUUAAUCACUUCAACCCGAAGAUCAACUCGUGGGCAACCGCAAACGGACUCGCGUCCCUUACUGAAGCUCAGGUCCUCGAAGUUGUUCGUGGAAACUAUGAUUCUUUGACUUUGAAACUCCACGAUAACCUCGAUCAGUUUGAGAGGUAUUCGGAGAAACCUCGCGAAACCCCAUUUUUUGCCGCCAUGGUCAAAUCAAUUCUGGAACACGUUCGUAAACAAUCCGAAGAUGAGCGACAUCAGCAUUCACAAACCACCACGAUUCCGGAGCUGAGUGGUGUCCGGUGACGUCAGAUCCCAGGGUGAUUGACUCUUCUUUGAAAUAAUGUUUCCAUGACCGAUAUGGAGUCUUCUUGUGCCU